AUGCACAAAGGCUUCACCAGCAAGGGGAACCCAAUGAGUCUGAGCACCUUCCUGAUGCUUCUUGUGACUCUGGGGCUGCUGCAGGCAUCAUCCACCCAGCAGGAGGCCGAGCCUCGGGACGCGGCUGCUGCUUUGGGCGAGCAGGAUGUGUCUUUUCUUGAGGUUUUCAAAAGCAGCUACUGUCAGCCCUUCCUCACGACUGUGGAUGUUUACUCUGAGUACCCCGACGAGGCCAGUUCUGUCUUCAAACCCUCUUGCGUGGCCGUGCGGCGCUGCGGAGGCUGCUGUGGGGACGCGAGGAAGUUCUGCGCGCCCGUGGAGAUGGAGAUGGUCACCAUGAAGCUCGUGAAGAUUUCUCCGGGGAUCAGGAAGAGUUCCAUGGUCAAGAUGGACUUCCUGGCGCACAAGCAGUGUGAAUGCAGGUAG